AUGAAUUCUGUAAAAUAUUUAAGUGUUUUUAGAGAUUUAAAUUUUAUAAAGCCUGAUAUCAUCAAUUGCUCCAUUUGUCGGCCGAUUUGGCCUAAAACCAUUGGCAUCAACAAUCAUCGCAAUUAUACCAAGCCCAAGGCUACCUUCCACUUCAAAACACGUGAUUGUAACACAUCAUCACACUACCACUUCUAUUCCACUGAUUCUAUCAAGUUAAAGUCUGAGACGCAGUCUUCAGAACCAGGUACUUUCCCUUCUUCACCUACUCCUUCUUCAGAGCCCAAGCUUUCUCGGCCUGUGGACCCAUCGGAGCAUCCUCUAAACUUUUUCGACACUUACUCUCUUUCUUUCGACCCUGAGGAUGCUCUCGAGUAUUCAAAUCACAUUUUGGACGACCCUAUCAGCGACAUUUCUGUCCAGGAGUCUUCCAAGUUCCUCAUCCCUUUUCCCAACCCUGAUCCUCCAACUCUCUUUGAGAGGCUAACUAAGCAUUUUGGCGACGGUUACCUUUACGAACCUGCUUCUACUAUGGUCCACCUUUGUGUUGAGCGCCUUGAAAAUGAGGAGCUUACAAAAGUGUUCGAUAUUGGUGAGGGGUUUAACAAGAGGGCCUACUUUUUAACUUUGCACGUCUGGCUUCUUUAUCGUCGUGUUGAGAGGGAGAUUCCUGAGGGCGUUCUCUUGAACCGUUACCUUUUAAAGAUUUUUUACAAGUUAAUCAAGGACUGGCUUGGCCUCAGACAGACUCCUGAGUUCCGAUUUAGGGCUGAGUUUGAGAACACUCAGAACCACAUGGUUAAGUUUAUUGCUGAGUUACAAAAGUGUACUGAGGACGGAUACUUGUACCCUUACAAGAUGUCCGUUUGCUUCAAGAAGGUAAUGUAUGAGGACGAUGUUUCUGACGAGGUCGUUGACCUCCUCGUGAAGUACACCAUUCGUCAGUUCAUGCAUCUGCACAAUAUCGACACUCACCAUCUGAUGAACGCCAUGUUUUUAUGGGGCGACACUGAGGAAUUCUGUAAGCCUGCCAGGCUCCUCAAGCGACCAAUGAUGCAGCUGAUUAAAUAUGGAGGUACGCACCAGUUUUAUUCUGUGCAUCUGCUAUUUCCACUGUAUACUCACCACACCCUUAUCACACUCCCAACUAGACAACUCUCACCCACUCCUAGGUUACCGAGUAAACAAAGUGGACCAGGCUGGUUAGGGUGCACCGCGCAUCCCGGAGGUGUAAGGGGAAGGCAACGCAAGAAGAGGAAGACGAGCAAGCUCGAGAAACCUCUUCACCCAACGAAAAAUAGUCGUGAUAAUACAGAGUCCAGUUGGACCCGUAUCAGCUAUCACGCUGAUAAGAACAGGUACUACAAAUUGAUCUUAGCCAAGAGGCCGAGAAGGUAUGAACUUCUGUCCCCCAAGCAUUUACCCACUAUGGCCCCGCACGGAGGCCGGGUGUCUCUUUAUUUACCCCAUGAACCUUUAAUAAAUUGA